AUAGAGCGGAAAGAAUCAAAAUGCCCAAAAGCCAAAAGCAAAUAGUUUCUAAGUUGAUGAGCUUAGAAAAUGCAAAGCAAUCAAUUAACAACCAAGAAAAGAGGAAGAGAAGAUUGCAAGAUGGAAAAUCAUGGAACAGAUGAGAUUAUGGCGGAAGAGGAAGGGCACCCAUAUGCAUUUCAUGUUUCCGGGCCUCGAAAUGUGGCUUCUCCCAAUUGGAGAGAUCUAAUCAAUUCCAGUUGGAAGAAUGAGAACUACAAGAGAACUGUAAUUGCCUGCUUCAUUCAAGCAGUCUACUUGCUUGAGCUUGACAGACAAGAGAACAGAACUGAAGAGAGUGUUCUCGCUCCAAUGUGGUGGAUGCGCUUCAAGUACAAACUGACACAAACAUUGGUUGAUGAAAGAGACGGAUCAAUAUUUGGUGCAGUGUUAGAAUGGGACAGAACUGCAGCACUUGCUGAUAUGAUACUCGUCAGACCUAGUGGAGCACCUAAGGCUGUUUUAGCACUCCGAGGAACACUGCUCAAGGGCCCAACAAUUCGACGGGAUAUUGAAGAUGACCUCCGUUUUCUUGCUUGGGAAAGCUUGAAGGGUUCUGUUAGAUUCAAAGUAGCAUUGGAAGCAUUAAAAUCAGUUGCUGAGAGCUAUGGAAGCAGCAAUGUAUGCAUUGCAGGUCAUUCUUUGGGUGCUGGCUUUGCUCUCCAAGUGGGAAAAGCUUUAGCUAAAGAAGGAAUAUAUGUAGAAGCCCAUUUAUUUAAUCCUCCCUCAAUUUCUAUAGCCAUGAGCCUCAGGAAUAUUGGGGAAAAAGCUGGAUUUGCUUGGAAGAAACUUAAAUCGAUGCUUCCUUCAAAUUGUGAAUCUCAGGCCACUGAUAAUGUGGGGGACGAAACUUCCAGAGUAGGAUUGAGGAAUUGGGUCCCAAAUUUCUUCACGGAUAAAACUUCUAUAGGAUUGAAAAAAUGGGUACCACAUUUAUAUGUGAACAAUAGUGAUUACAUAUGUUGCUCUUACACAGACCCUGACGGACCGGAAGAUAAAAAUGCUAACAAAGAGAAUCUUGGUUGCACAAAUGCCACAAAUGGACAAGUUGCAGCAAAGUUGUUUGUCAUGUCAAAGGGAAAACAGAAGUUCCUUGAGGCUCAUGGCUUAGAACAAUGGUGGUCUGAUGAUGUGCAACUUAAAAUGGCUCUCCACAACAGCAAGCUGAUAAGCAGGCAGCUGAAAUCCUUGUAUAGCCUCCCAGCUUCACAAACAACACAGGUGCCGCAAUGACAAUUUGCUAAAUAUCUCGUUUCAAUCAUGAUAUAUUCAUUCUGCCUUCUGGUGUUGGUAAUUUGUAUCAGCUACAAACUGGAGAAAAAAAAACAAAAGGGAAUUCAUAUUCAUUAUUUGUAAAGAUUGGCUUUUUUCUAGCCUUGUUCAUCUCAUCAGUAAAUUUUUACUUACCUCAA